AUGGUGCUCUUCUCCACCUACCGCAGCAAGCGCAUUGUCGCGCAGGGCUUCCUCAGCGGCCCCGUGAUGACCGCACGCGCCUUCGGUGACUACUACUUCCAGCGCGCGUGGAACGGAUGCGUGCAGUGGGUGAUCCCUGGUGAGAUGCGCUUCUGGGCGUGCGGCAUUCCCAUCAUCUACUUCAUUCAUCGCUACCACAACGACCACUCGCUGGAGCCCGACCUAGUGGAGAAGGCUAUGAUUCUGCGCUGGGGCGGCUCGCUGGAGGAAGUCCGCAAGCUUUCGCCACAGGAUCAACUCCGCAUCCGCAUCUUUACGGACAUAGAGAAGCUGUACUCCGCCUACGGCCCCAAGGACACCAUCAUCCAGCCUCCGGGCGACACCCUACCAGGUAAGGACUACUACCACAAGAGCGGCACUCCUGGUGCCCACCAUUAA